CGUGCGGCGGCGUUUCCGGGAAGAUGGCGGCUGUCGAAGCGGUUGCGGAGCCGGUAACGGUCGUGGCGGCUCCCGGACCAAAGACAAAGGACGAAGAGGAAGAGGAGCCGCUUCCACCAUGCGAGACGGUGCGCUGGGCCCCGGUGGGGGCGGUGGCGGAGGCCGGGCCUGGGGCGGCUGCGUUUUCAGAAGCGGCGGCGGCCGAGGAGCCCGGCGCAGCCCCGGGCUCCCCGCCGGACUCGCCCGGCCGGACGUUACAGCGGCUGCGGGCCGAGCGGCGGCGGCUGGACUCGGCGCUGCUCGCGCUGUCCUCGCACUUCGCGCAGGUUCAGUUCCGUCUGCGCCAGGUGGUGCGCGGGGCACCGGCGGAGCAGCAGCGCCUCCUGCGCGAGCUUGAAGACUUUGCCUUCCGUGGUUGCCCUCAUGUCCUGGGUUACGAGGGGCCCGAGGACCCCGCCGGCGACGAAGGCGACGGGCUGCCGGGGGACCGGCCACGGUUGCGGGGCGAGGACCAGAGUGAGCAGGAAAAACACCGUCUGGAAACCCAGCGGGAGAAGCAGAAGGAACUGAUACUGCAGCUCAAGACCCAGUUAGAUGACCUGGAAACAUUUGCUUAUCAAGAGGGCAGUUACGACUCCCUGCCACAGUCCGUGGUCUUGGAAAGACAACGGGUGAUCAUAGAUGAGUUAAUAAAGAAACUGGACAUGAAUCUGAAUGAGGACAUCAGUUCCCUGUCCACUGAAGAGCUUCGUCAGCGAGUGGAUUCAGCAGUGGCUCAGAUUGUCAACCCAGCCCGAGUGAAAGAACAGUUAGUUGAGCAGCUGAAAACUCAGAUCCGAGACCUCGAGAUGUUCAUCAACUUCAUCCAAGAUGAAGUGGGAAGCCCCUCGCAGACCAGUGAUAAAUACUGUGAGUGCAAGGCCAGUGGGAAGACAGGAUGUGGCUCCACCAGAACAGGCAGCAGCAAACUGCCUGCAGGAAACAGCAAAACAAAGGCAGAAGACCUGAAGAAAGUCCAGGAGACAGGGCUACACCUGAUGCGGCGGGCAUUAGCGGUGCUCCAGAUCUUUGCUGUGAGCCAGUUUGGUUGUGCCACAGGCCAGAUCCCUCAAACCCUGUGGCAGAAGGGCCAGGCUGACAGAGACUACUCUCCUUUACUGAAGAGGCUGGAGGUAUCAGUAGACAGAGUGAAGCAGCUAGCCUUAAGGCAACAGCCACAUGACAAUGUCAUCACCUCUGCCAACCUCCAGGACCUCUCCGUGGGAGGCAAGGACGAGCUGACCAUGGCUGUGCGGAAGGAGCUGACAGUGGCUGUGAGGGACCUGCUGGCCCAUGGACUGUAUGCCUCCUCCCCAGGGAUGAGCCUUGUCAUGGCCCCCAUUGCUUGUUUACUGCCAGCCUUCUCCUCGGCCCCUGAGGCCAUGCACCCCUGGGAGCUCUUUGUAAAGUACUACCAUGCUAAGAACGGCCGUGCUUAUGUGGAAUCCCCAGCCCGGAAGCUCUCCCAGUCCUUUGCUCUGCCUGUUAUGGGAGGCACUGUUGUGACACCCAAACAGGGCCUACUGACAGCCAUCCACAUAGUGCUGACAGAGCAUGACCCUUUUAAGCGCAGCGCAGACUCAGAGUUGAAAGCCUUGAUGUGCCUGGCACUGAAUGAGCAGCGUCUGGUGUCCUGGGUGAACCUCAUCUGCAAGUCAGGGUCACUCAUUGAGCCCCACUACCAGCCCUGGAGCUAUAUGGCACACACAGGCUUCGAGAGCGCCCUCAACCUGCUCAGCCGCCUCAGCAGCCUCAAGUUCAACCUACCUGUAGACCUGGCUGUGCGUCAGCUCAAGAACAUCAAAGAUGCCUUUUGAUGAGAAUGCCCUGAUCCUAGACCAGUACCUUGCUCAGUAGAGAUAGGAGCAAGGAGUCAGAGGAAGGGAUAAAGGCAUUUUUCCUAGACCCUGCCUGGGUGGUCAGCCAAAUGAGCGCGAAGUCUGUUUUCCUCACCAACUUAGCAUCUUGGGAAGAUGUGCUGGAGACCUUCUUGUUUAAAAAGGUUCUGCCUUGGGCUGGCUGGUUAGCUCAGUUGGUUAGAUCACAGCCUUAUAAAACCAGGGCAUGGGUUUGGAUCCCUGUACUGGCCAGCCAAAAAAAAGGUUCUGCCCUAGUGUGUAACCACAGUGUACAUGUGGGCACAUGUGUUUGCGCUUAUGGGAAGAGAAUCAGUCAUGGCACGCAAUGCCCCAGCUCAUCAUGCCAUGUCCCAUUUUUAGAAAACUUUGGUUACUCUAAUAACCAUUCUCUUUAUGGUUGUGAGUGACAACAUGAGUGAGUUGUUGGUCCCUGAAGACAUUCAACUUGAGGCUCCUGUUAGUCAAGUUGGGAGCGGUUUGAGAGUCCUAAGGCCAAAGUUUAAAUCCCUUUUAUGAAUGCUAAUUACCCUUCUUUCUUACCCCAAGGUCAGGGGAGACUCUGUAUAUUCCAUGGCUGCCUCUGAAACUAGGAAUGGGACUAUCUGAGAACAGCAUUUCUAAGGGAGUUUACCCAGAAGUUGAUUUUAAUAUAAACUUUUUCUUAUAGAGGUAAUAACUGAUAUCUUCCUGACAAGGUAGUCCUCCUCUAACAGCAUAGACAUUGAUCUUUCCAUUUAUGGGCAAUGAGAACCAGUGUCUGGUACUAUGUCCUCCAGCAAAUAAACUUUCCUCUGCGCACCUACCAACAAGACUGACACAGUCUUUUUAGAAGUAAAUGUAUUCAGGGUGUACUUCUUGAGAGAAUCCUUGCCACUCAAGUGGAGUAUGUACAGGAAUACAUAUUGGUAACCAGCAGCAACUCCUCCUUGGGUUGUGACACACCAGGCACCCCUUGUCCUUGAUGCUGGGUGAUGGAGAAGAUCUGAUCUUGCAAUAGGUACUGCAGUGGGGAUACACACUACAGCAGAUCACUGUCUUACAGACUAGGGGGCUGAGUCAUUGAAAAACUGAUUCUAGAGUGGUCCUUUUUUUCAGUAUUUUAGCCGUUCUAGUUCAUAUUUCUCAUUCAGCUUGUGGUGAAUACUGUUCCAGGACUUUCCAAAGAUGGGCAAAAUGUAUCACUGCAAACACUACUAAUUCAGCAUUGUUUUUGUGUAUUAAACUGCCAGCUGCACUUUGUUUCUGCACUGUUAUGUAGAGCAUUUUAACUUUAAUUUUUUUCAGGUACAGGUUACUUAAGAUACAUUAUUGGUGUUUCAUUAAAAUUAGUCUGCCUUCCCUGUGAAACAAGAUAAGUGUAAAAUGUUGUGAAGAAUGAUACAUCUGUGGUUGCUAAUAAAAUCAAUAGUAUUUUGUGUACCUUCUCUGCAAA